AUGCGUGUUAGGCGAGUUGCCACCUGCGACUUACAACAGCAUCAUCGUGCAGCGCUUCGUCGACGGGAUCCGAGAGACCAGAUAUCAAGUCCCGAUCAUCAGCAGCAAUCCGCGCUCGUUGACAGAUGCCCUCAACAUGGCCUGCCGCAUCGACGCCCAUUGCCGUCGACGCUCAACCGCAGCCGUGAUGACCGUCGCUGUGGUACACCCAGACGAUCCCGUCGGCGCACCCCGGAGAGUAAACCCCUUCCGGGAUUCCGGACAUAUCCAGCUCGCCCUCAAUCCCGGAUUACUGGAGCGGGUCCCCUCCCCUGCGACCCUGCGCCACCCCUCGAAGCGAAGCCGCCGCCCACCGAGCAACCUGGUGCCCGACAGAGUCUUCCUCCCCGUCGAGUCAAAGCCGUCCUGGCCCCCUUGCUCUCGCCGCCGCCGCUUGAGCAGAGUGCCCAGCAGCCACGGGACCUUGAGAUCACCGCAGCCCCGAACGCCUCGCAGCACCUCGACGAGAAGCCGCCGCCAACCGAGCAACCGGGCGCCCGAUACAGUCUUCCUCCCAGUGGAGUCAAAGCCGUCCUGGCCCCCUCGUUCUCAGACCCGCCGCCCGAAGAGAGUGCCGAUUCGUUUAGGAGUUACAGUUUGCUGCGAUCUGGCACGUCGCCACCGUGCCCCGGCCGAGUGUCCUUUCGGGCACCCCCACCCAAGAAGCUGCCGGAACGGGAACCCUGCAAGGGAAGUGCCGUCCGUCAGCGCACAUCCGUUCCAGGAGCCGCCGUCCAUCGAGAUCGUCUGUGGAUCGCCGCCCUCCGUUCCAGGAGCCGCCGUUCAUUGAGAUCGUCUCUGGACCGCCGCCCUCCGCCAAUAGUGCGAUCCGAACUGCCGCCGCCGCCGAGUCCUACGGGACUACACCGCCGCCGCCUGCAGAAGGAGAGGAAUCGGUCGUGCAGCCAGUGGACUCCGCCUUGA